AUGGGAUACGGUCUCUUACUGUCACCGACUCCACGGAAAACUCCCACAGAAAUGCUGCUACCUAUUCGUUCAACCACAGCUCUAAUGUGUGAAGUGGUCUUUUCCGGUGGUGGCGAGAAGAACAAGGCGAUAUGGUAUCGAGAUGGACAGGAAGUGGUCUUUUCCGGUGGUGGCGAGAAGAACAAAGCGAUAUGGUAUCGAGAUGGACAGGAAGUGGGCAAAGUUUCGAGCGACACAAAUGCUAUAUUUAUGGAUCGAAAUUACACGACUGAGCAACCUGUACCAGAAGUUGGAUUUCUUAUAAUGAGCAAUAUAACUAAGGAUGAUGAGGGCUUGUAUUGGUGCCGGCAUGCAGCUACAGGUCUGUCAGGCGAAGUGUUUGCAUUGAAAGUAGCCUAUGUAGAUCCAGUACCAGCUGAAGGAUAUAUCAGAGUAGAGCCGAAGUAUCCCUUGCUUGGAGAGCAAGUCCACUUGUGGUGCCCAGUGCCAAGUGCAGUGCCACAUCCAACCGUCAGCUGGCUACUG